UGUUUCGGAGUUAAAAUGGAAAAGUAUGAGACCCUUGGGCUAGUUGGAGAAGGAAGCUACGGAAUGGUAAUGAAGUGUAGAAAUAAAGACAAUGGAAGGAUAGUCGCCAUCAAGAAGUUUUUGGAAAGUGAGGAUGAUAAAAUGGUUAAAAAAAUUGCCAUGCGAGAAAUCAAGCUACUCAAGCAACUUCGACAUGAAAAUCUGGUGAACCUGCUGGAAGUGUGUAAGAAGAAGAAACGAUGGUAUCUGGUGUUCGAAUUUGUGGAUCACACACUCCUCGACGACCUUGAGCUGUUUCCACAUGGACUAGAUUACAAUAGAGUUCGGAAAUAUUUAUUUCAGAUUAUAAAAGGAAUAGGAUUUUGUCACAGUCACAAUAUAAUACACAGAGACAUUAAACCGGAAAAUAUAUUGGUCUCCCAAUCAGGAGUUGUAAAACUCUGUGAUUUUGGAUUCGCUCGUUCUCUGGCAGCCCCUGGUGAAGCUUACACUGACUAUGUGGCAACGCGAUGGUACAGAGCUCCAGAACUGUUGGUUGGCGAUACCAAGUAUGGCAAGGCUGUGGAUGUGUGGGCCAUUGGCUGUCUGGUCACAGAAAUGCUUACAGGAGAGCCCCUGUUUCCUGGGGACUCGGACAUUGACCAGCUGUACCAUAUCAUGAAAUGUCUGGGCAACUUAACUCCACGCCAUCAAGAGCUGUUCUAUAAAAAUCCACUCUUUGCUGGAGUGAGGUUGCCAGAGGUCAAGGAGGCCGAACCUUUUGAAAGACGGUAUCCCAAGCUCUCUGCGGCAGUGUUGGAUUUAGCCAAGAAAUGCUUGCAGGUCGAUCCGGACAAAAGGCCAUCCUGUGCUGAGCUACUGCAGUGCGAUUUCUUUAACAAAGAUGGAUUUGCGGAAAGAUUUGCUCAGGAACUUAGGUUAAAGAUUCAGAAAGAUGCCAGGGACCAUCCUUUGCCAAAAAAAUCAAAAAUUAGCAAAAAGGACAAAGACGAUUCUUUAGGAGAAGAAAGAAAAAUGCUUGAUAUCCAGGACUUCAACAUUGAUCCAAAAAUCAAAGAUUCUAAACUGUUCAAGGUGAAAUUAUCCAAAGCUGAGGUGGAGAAAGCUGACAGAUCUUCCAAUAUGAGCUCCCUGUAUGACAGUGGAACCAGUCAGUUCAAAACAGUCCCUCCGACAAGCAUGAAAGACUCCAGCAGCAGCUUGGAUUACAUAAAGAACCCAGGCAUGGUUAUUCCUCCCAUUAUCCCGAACCUUGCCACCAUCACGCCCAAUAUAAGUGUUAACUCUGGGAUGGGAACUAUUCCUGGAACCCAUAAUUACAGAGUUGAUGAGAAGACUAAAAAAUACUUAACCCCUUUUAUAAAGCAAGGGAAACAUUCACCAGCAGGGCAUUACAAUGUCAGCUUCGGCACAUCGGUCUCAAAUGAAAAGAACGUUCUUCAGGCAGACAAGAAAAGAUGGGAAUUCUCCAAGACAGAUGUGCGUUUGCCUGAGCUAAACUAUAACCAUCUCCCUGAACUCAAAGGAGUGGACGCUCGAAAUUCCAGAUUUGUCAAAAAGGAGAACAAAACAGUCUCAGAGUCUCGCAUUCCAUCCCUUGCCACCAUCGAUCUUCACAACCCGAGCCUGGCUUUGCAACAGAUAUCGGGAACAUCACUGCCAGAUGCUUCAGAAGCCAGCUUCCCUCGAGUAGAACGCUAG